AUGGCGACUGCAAUCCUCCCCAGAAAGCUCCUGCCGAUCUUCUACGCCCUCUGGGCUCUUCUUCUUCUCAUCCUGGUUCAUUCUGCAGAGGCUCAAACGAUCCUCUCGUCGAUCGACUACAGCCCGCAGCAAGUGUCAAUUAGCGGAAGCACCGUCACUAUCAAAAUGGACAGGAGCGGGGGUGCAAGAAUUCGGACACCACAGCAGUACGCUUACGACACGUUUUCGGCUUACAUCAAAUGUCCUGCUGGUGACAUUAGUGGAUUCGUCCCUGCGUUUUACACAAGCUCUCUCGAGGGAAGCGGCAACCAGGACGAGAUUGAUUUUGAGUUUCUCGGAAAGAAUCCUCAGGCUGUUCAGACAAACUACUAUGUGAAUGGUCAGAUGGUUCAUCGACGGCAAGCUUAUGCGCACUGCGAACAAUGA